GGUUCAGAUGUAAUAAAGUGAAACGGUACGAUGUGUUGGAGUUUAUAAGCAAAGAGAGGAGGCGAAGGUUCUCACUUUUGCCUAAUAAGGAGCCCCCUGCUGCGAUUUUGUUUCCAAUUUUCAAAAAACCCAGAUUGUGUUGCACUUUUCAGUCCUCGAAGCCACGAAAGACUCUUCGGAAUACAAUGGCGAGAGGAGCUAAGAGGAAGGCCAGCCAGAGGGAAGAAAACAAGGAAAAUUCGACCAAGGUGGACAACCACAAAGAACAAUCGAGCAAGGCUGCCACUCUGUCGAAGCGGGUCACGGCCUCCCACCCCCAAUCCGAGCCUGAGUACUUUGAGGAGCCCCGCCAAUUGGAAGAUCUCUGGAAGGCUGCCUUCCCUGUUGGGACUGAGUGGGAUCACUUGGACAAGGUGUACCAAUUCAAGUGGGAUUUCUCAAAUCUUGAACAAGCAUUUGAAGAGGGGGGCAAGCUGCACGAUCUUGGGAACAACAAAGUGUAUCUCUUCAGUGGUACGGAGCCUCAACAAGUCCCUUACAAGGGUGAUUUGAAAAUUAUUUACAUACCCAUUGUGGUGGCUGUUGUAUCGCCUUGCCCACCUUCUGACAAAAUUGGGAUUAAGUCGGUUCAGAGAGAGACUGAAGAAAUUGUUCCAAUGAAACAGAUGAAAAUGGACUGGAUUCCAUUUAUUCCUUUUGACAAGAGAGACAGCCAAGUUGUUGAAUAUAGUCGAAAUUCUCCUCAAAUAUUCGUCUUGGGAUGCACUCAGAGAAGGGCUGCUUUGAAACACAUGAAGAUUGACCGUCUAAAGAAAUUUGAUUACUGCUUGCCUUAUCUAAUGCCUAUCAAGGAAGAGGAGCUUGAGCUGAGCACCGAGGUUGACAUACUUUUUCCACAGGAACCAAAUCCACCGGUUUACUGUGUGUUUGAUUGGCAGUUUGAUGAAGUUGAGGAGUUUACUGACGAGCGGAUAAAAGAGGAGGAACUAUCUGCAGAUCAUAAGGAUGCCUUCAUGGAGUUUGUCAAGGAGAAAGUACGUCAACAAAAGAAAGAAAACCGAGAGAAGAAGGAGGCCCGCAGAGUAGCAUUUGAAAAAAUGAGUACGGAAACUAAAGCAGCAUUUGAAAAUUUGAGGUAUUACAAGUUCUACCCCGUGCAAACACCCGAUACUCCUGACAUAUCUAGUGUCAAGGCUGCAUACAUCAACAGGUACUACAACAAGGCUCAUGAGGUUCUGUGAUAAGUUUCACUUUCACCAAGAUCCCUUGUUUGGCCUGCGCAUAAUGCUACGGUAAUUGAAACUUUUGCGUUUCCCAAAGUGUUGGGAAAAGAGAAAAGUCCACAUAUUCCUGUUGUUAUUUGAUCUCAUUUGAAAUCAUAUAAACACCAAUGUAUCCUUAAAUUUUGUAGCUCCGGUCAUUUGUUUACCUUCUGUUGGAGUAAACUUGUCAUGUCUUCUUGUACGUCCGAUUAGAAGGGUUAUUUUCACUUGAAUGAAAAUUUAUUGUUCGAUGGUUCUGUUGCCCUUGCUGAAUCAUACGAAGUUGAGACG